CAGUAGACUCUGAUCUCCCCGGAACAGCCGAAGAUCUCAGUGUUUACCUGAAUCAUCUGCUCGGUUCUGAUCCAGAAGCUCCUCAGUCUGCAGCUGAAAUGGCCACAACUAUCAGCACACAGCGCGGCCAGGUGUAUAUUGGGGAAUUGCCCCAGGACUUUCUGAGGAUCACCCCGACCCAGCAACAGCAGCAGGUGCAGAUGGACGCUCAGGCAGCCCAGCAGCUCCAAUAUGGCGGCUCCAUUGGAACAGUGGGCCGACUCAGUAUCACUGUGGUUCAGGCAAAGCUUGCUAAAAACUACGGCAUGACGCGCAUGGACCCCUACUGCAGGAUUCGGCUGGGAUACGCUGUUUACGAAACCCCCACAGCUCACAACGGAGCAAAAAACCCUCGCUGGAACAAAGUUAUCCAGUGCACUGUCCCGCCAGGAGUGGACUCCUUUUACCUGGAGAUUUUUGAUGAGAGGGCGUUUUCCAUGGAUGACCGCAUCGCCUGGACACACGUGACCAUCCCAGAGAGCUUGCGAGAGGGCAGCGUGGUGGACGAGUGGUUCAGCCUGAGUGGGAGACAGGGGGAUGAUAAAGAGGGCAUGAUUAACCUGGUCAUGUCCUUCGCUUCAAUGCCAGCGGGGAUGAUGAUGGCAUCACAGCCAGUGGUUCUCAUGCCCACCGUAUACCAGCAGGGGGUUGGCUACGUGCCCAUUGCAGGAGUCCCGGGUGUGUAUAACCAGGGUGUGGUACCGAUGGGGAUGCCGGCAGUGCCUGCAGCCGCACCUCGCGGCGCCCCCUGCAGCGAGGAGGACCUGAAGGCUCUUCAGGACAUGUUCCCCAACCUGGAUAAAGAAGUGAUCCGCACGGUGUUGGAGGCCCAGCAGGGCAACAAGGACGCUGCUAUUAACUCCCUGCUGCAGAUGGCGGAGGAGCUGUAACUCCGCCCUGCGCUCCACCGUCGUCCUGUAAAUACACUCACUCAGGCCCGACAGCCCUCCGGGUUAUUCCAUACGACACCUGUGCUUUUUUAUUGUCUGCGAAAAUCAAAAGAAAUGUUGAGAAAUGCCUCCCUGUCCCCUGCAGGAACAGGCUCAGGCUAGGUGUGUGUUCUCCUGCGUGAUUGGAUGCUCUUUAUGGGAGAAAAAAAAAUUAUAUAUAUAUAUAUACGGCACACGCAUUUUGUUGCCACUUGUGAGCGAGUGUGUAUUCAGGCCGAGUCGGAGUGCAGCUGUAGCCACGAUUCCACCGAGAUUCCACCGAGAUUCCCCUCCACCCCGUCCAGUCUGAUCUGUAUAUGCGUAUUCCUGUGAGUCUCUGUGUGUGGUUGAUCUAUAUGCUCUUAUCUGUAUAAAUAUAGCUCUAUAUAUAUUUAAUGGAUUGUAAAUUAUUUUGAGAACAAUUAAAGAGAUAUUAAAGUAUGUCAGAUCUUACCGAGGGUCUAAUAUCGUGGGUUACGCCAGAUUUGCAAAUGUAAACCGACGCAGCCAAUGAUUUACUGGUUAAUGUUGAAUUUCUAUCAGCCGUUAUGAUUUUUGUAUGGCUCGUUCUCCGCUGUGUCGCUCGACCCACUGAAGUCUUAAUGAUUAUCUGUAAUUAAGUGUGACACGUGUAAGAAAUACACUGAUUUCACAUUUGUAAACAAGCCGCAGUGUCCGCCCCAGUCAUGUCUGACCUCAGUUUAGUACACUUCUAUUGAGAGGAGUCAUAGUGCCUUGCUUGAAAUCCUACAAACCUUUCGCCCACGAGUUUCAGUAGUUCAGUGUUGCUGAAGUACAGUUUGUACAAUAUGAACAAAUACCAGAUUGUAAUUAAAUUGCUGCAUAUUGUCACUGUCCAAUAGCAUUUAUUUAUUUAUUUUGUUUUGUUUCACAUCAUUUAAACACAGAAGCAGUCCUUCAUGAAUGUUUUACAAUGAAUGGACCAAUAGACAUGCUUCAGAAACAGCUGAAAUCAGAUCUUUUUGCACUGACUGCCAGUAACAAAUAAGUACGUUUUUGUUCUAUGGUACCGUUUUACAGAUGCAUGUAAUGUUUUGGACAGUGACAAAAACAAGCUGUUGUGCUGCUCUCCUGGGUAGUGAUUGAUUCAGAAGGUUUACAGAGCAGCUAUAAGAAUGGAAGGCUGGGAAGCCUCUGUUAUUUCAUUGCUACCUUGAGUUUAGUCUUAAGAGAAUUUUGCUAACUGAUAAUUCCAGCUUAUAAACCUUAAUAAAACAGCACUUUCACUCUUCAGUCCUCCAUUCCCAGUUUUCUGACCAACAGGUUCUCUGAUGAGUGAACACUGUCCACCCGACUGUCCCAGACGUUCACCAACCGCAGGUCCUCUUCAUUUGUGUUUGCAAAUGUGAAAUUGGUCUGUCGCAGAAUGCCAAAGGUUUUACUUAUAUAACUGGUCUGUCUUGCAAAUUCUUUGCUUUUAAUAUAAAUGAAAUGAAUAUAAAUGGAGAGGUCUGCACUGUUCCUAAGUGAUUAUGUUUAUUGAUGCUUUUGAUCUCCUGGAUGUUGCCAUAUAUCCCUUGGAUGCAUGUAAAAACCUUCAGAGUGUGAUUCGCUCUUCGGUUUUCCUCAGAGCAGGUUCUUAUUCUUUUUCUUUCCCAAAGUGACGGUGGCUUUUUAGGCCAUGUUGGAGGUCUGCAAGGAUGAGUGCAAAGAUGAUCUUUUCAUAUUUCUUAUUUCUCUUACACACGUGUUUAGUACUGAGAAAGUCUAUCUGAGAAAAUAAUCUGUAAAGCUGUGUAUCUGGGCAGUAACAGUAUAUUUGUUAUAAAAAUGCACACAAUAAAACACAAGUAAAAAUCCAUUGUGA